UCUCCGAGAUGAUGAGGUCACGCGCGUGUCAGCUCGUUCCAUCAAGUUCGACCGGCUAUUGGUUCAACGACACGUCAUUCGUAUCCGAGGUUGCGUCAUGUCGGCCAUUCUCCACGGCGAUUGGUCGAGCCGGCGGUCGGGGCGGGCCUCGGCCGCCUGCGAUUGGCCGGCGCCACACAUUGCCCUACAUGGCCAAAGAGAUUUCGCAAUCGGCUCGUGUCCAUGUUGGAAACCAAAACAGCGCGAGCGCGCGGCGACUUUGGGGGCAAUUCAAGCGGAAACUUUAGUCCCGACCUUGUCAUUUGUCACCGCUUCUUCACGCUAGUGUCGCCCCGAACAAGGUUCAGCCGCCGGUCAGCGGUCAGACAAAUGAGCCGGCCGUCGCAGCCUAAAGUCGCGUCAUCGGACCCCAACGGCGCCGGCGUCAUCCGCAGUCACAGCCGCGCCGCCCAGCCGUCGUCCCCGGGCGGCAAGAUGAAGAAGACGCCGGCGGACAAGGACAGCGACGAGUACCGUCAGCGGCGCGAGCGCAACAACCUGGCGGUGAAGAAGAGUCGCCAGCGCAGCAAGCAGAAGGCCAUGGACACGCAGCAGCGGGUCAACCAGCUCAAGGAGGAGAACGAGCGCCUGGAGGCCAAAAUCAAGCUGCUCAGCAAAGAGCUGAGCGUGCUCAAAGACCUCUUCCUGGAGCACGCCCACAACCUGGCCGACAACGUGCAGCCCCCCUCCGGGAACCCCGACGCCAGCCCCGCCCCCAACAACCAGUGAGCCGGGCGCGGCCUGGACCCGGCUGCCCGUUUUGCGACUCUUUUGUCUGCGCUCCCUUUGGCCCGGGUUCCUCUUCCUGCCGCCGAACGUUUCCACACCCGAGUCGAGGCGGCACCCGAUUUCCCGUUCUUUGCUCCGGGUUCUCCAGGUCUGCGCUUUUGGCUCCAUCCGGGUUUCGUGAGCCGAGAUUCGGCGGCCUUGACUCCUAGCUCUCGUUUGGGCCCCCAAGGCUCUUGCGCUUGGGACUCUCAAGCCUGGGCUGGGCUCCCCUCGCUUCUCCGUCCCCUCCAUUGCGGUGGCUUUCCAUUGGACUCCGGAGCCUUUCUCCUCUUCCUUCGGGACGUCGGACUCGAGCGUGUGAACCGCAGGCUCUCGGUCACACGCGUUAACUCUGGCCACGGGUUCUUUUGACUCCCGAGUCUUGAGCCGACGCCGUCCGUCCGUGUCGUCGAUGACGCUUGGCGCUCUGAGGUGAUUCCGGAAUCAACGUUGUGGAUUCUCGACUGUUGACGAUGACUCUUCCUGGGAGGUUCCGGCGUGGUCGUUCUCGAGCCCGUCAUGGCACCCUUUCUCCUUGGUGGACUUUGCCCUUGAAGCGCCGAGCUCGGAUUCCCAACUCUCGGGCUUUGGACUUUUUCAGCCUUUUUGGUGGCUCGGGCUAAGAGCGGACGUUCAUUGGCACAACACGGCCGGUGUUGCCAACCUCUGUUCAACUUCCGUUUAUUAGCAUGUUCUCCCUUAGCGUGGCUAAUGCUAAAGUUGAUUAGCAUGUUCCUCCCCCUUGAGAAUGUCUCCCGUGAAAUAUUCCUCAGCAUGUUCUUUUCCCUCGCAUGGCUAACACUAAAUAUGAUGUGGUGUCUUUUUUUUUGUUUGUUUUUUGUGGCAACGGCGCGACGGGCCGCUCGCUCGGUUACGAUGGCUUCCGCUUGACUUUGUUUGAUGCUGCGCUCCUUGCGGGUCCUCGUCAGGCUUUCGUGAAAUGAAACGUGUUGAAAUUAGACCGACAACAUCCAAUCUUAUUUAUUGACGCAAUUGGAAAGAAGAUUCUUUUUUUUCUCUCAUUGAUCUUUUUGUGCUCUUGAGUGAAACCACAAUAAAAUCCUGUUGGGUGGA